AUGGAAGUCAAGAAGCAGAACAAUCUAAAGACUCACUUAGGAUUUCUUGAAUUGCCAGAAGGAUCCGGCCUAGAUUACUCGGAUUUUGAGACCGAAAUCGUGAACAUGAUCGACGAGGAAAUAUUAGCCGUAAAAACAGACCUAUCAAAGCAGCUGGCCGCGAAAACAAAGUCAGCCCCGACAGAGAAACAAGAUAUUGAGACGCACAUAACUGAAACUAAGCCUACUGAUUUAAGGUGCAACUCGAAAGGCUCAAUCGUAAAAAUCAUUACAACAUAUCGUUGGGAUGAAAACGAAUUAAAAAACUAUCAAGAAGCUUUACAAAAACAAAUGAUGUUACUCGACAAAUUCAGUGAUAGCUGGCUAGAACAAGCAACGAUCGCAAAAUCAACGCUUUUUAUCCCGCCAGAGCAGAACUCUAAAAAUCAAGAGGGCACCUACGGAGAAGUCUACGAAAUCCAAAACGAGGCGAUAUCCUGCGCACAAAUUGAGGCUUACAUCGAGAAAGCGGUAAUGUGGAGUCAACACGUCUCGAAAGCCUAUCUGAAUUGUCACUGUGAGAAAACGAUUGAAGUGUCCAAAAUUCAA